CGAGCUCAGCAGUAAGCUCAUAUCAAAGUGUCCCACUAGCAACAGCACGCGUUGCUGUCACCCGUCGUCGUCGUCUCCUUCUCUGCUCCCUCCGACCGCGUUUCCUCCCGAUCUCUGCCUCUCGAGCUCCGCCAAUGUCGCUCUCUCGUCCUCGUCGGGGCAGGGAGGAGGAGCAGGACGGCGGCCCUGCUGCCGGUGAGGGGUCAACGCCGGCGAAGCGACCACGGGGCUGCUCCUGCUCCUGCCCCUGCUGCCUCCACCGCCAGGAGAAAGAAGUUUCCUAUGAGGCCCAGAUUGAGAUCCUCACCGAGGAGUGCAAAAACAGAAAGAGGGAGAUGCAGGAGCUUUACCAAAAUUCCCAACUGCAGCACAAGGAAGUGAAGGAACUGAUCAGCGAGCGAAACUCACAUAUUCAGCUGAUUUGGGAACGGCUCAACACCUUGAUUUCGGAGACGAGUGAACUUGGAGAACAUGUUCGCAAAUACAGUGAUCUUAGGGCCUUAUCCCGUCAGAGAGAAAUCAGAAAAUACCAGUUGAAAUUUGUGAACAAGUGCUGCAAUGACAAGUACUCGAGACAUGACAUGACAGCAGAUGAUGGAAGUCCUAUUAAGGUAGCCAUAUAUGAUCAUGAAAAUAGGAUCAUUACAAAUGGACCCUUAUCCUCAGUUCUAGUUAAGAUUGUUGCCCUGGAUGGCGAGUUUAACAAGGAAAAUAAAGAGCAAUGGAGUGAAAACUCCUUUAAAACAAGCAUAGUACAUUGCCGUCCUGGAAAACAACCUUUGUUUGCCAAUGAACUAUAUCUAAGGCUUGAAAAUGGUGUGGCUCACCUCUGUGGUGCCAAAUUCCAAGACAAUUCAAGUUUUGUCCCAAGCAAGAAGUUCAGGUUGGGAGUCAUGGCAGCUGAUGAUAGCAUAUCAGAGAAAAUUCUGGAAGGAAUAUCUGAAUCUUUUGCCGUAAAGGACGGUCGUGGUUACCAGAAAAAGAAGGAUCUGUUUCCAUCUCUAAGUGACCCAAUAUACAAGUUGAAGAAAAUAGGAGAAAAUGGUGACAGGCGUAAGCUACUAGAGAAUAUGGAUAUAAAUAUCGUUCAGGACUUUUUGCGAUUCUACAAUAAGGAUAUGAACAGUCUGCGAGAAGCUUGUCGGAAUAUCCCAGACCAUGAUUGGAACAUCAUUGUUGGACAUGCUCUGAGUUGUAAACCAGGACCUGAACGUUACUCAUACUGCAUUCCUGGGAUGGAUGCUAAAAUUUGCUUCAACUCUCUAUACAGCAUUGUUGGUGCAGAAUUCGAUGGUAAAUACAUUUCUUAUGAAGAACUUAGCAGUACUCAGAAGAGUCUAGUGGAAAUGUCCAAGAUGACAGCGUACGAGAAUUUGAAAGUUUCUAAGUAUGAAUACAAAGAUCCAUGUCAUGAGCAUGAGGUGAUAGCUGAAUAUAAAGGAAGCUGUUGCCUGCGGGGAUCAUGUUCAAGGCUACCACUUUCCACACUGUCAACAAGGUUUCAUGAUGACAUUUCUCCACAAGGCGAGGUUUUGGAGAGCGCUCCAGCACAGGAAAGCCCCCGGCCUCGUCAACGUUGGGCAAAAAUCAUGACUGUGGUCACCAUUCUUCAUUUCUUGAACAAGAAGCCCCAGGCUACUCCUCCAGAAAUAUCUCAAACUCCUUCCACAGAAAGUUGCUUUGGGAUGACAUAUGUGCCCGACAAUUUACUGGUGGAGGCAGACAUAGAAAUGUGCCCAACUCCUAUGACAGGAAGUAGCUCUGGGAUGGUGGAAUUGCCCUAUGAGUUAUGGGACUGGUGCUAACCUGUCCUAUGAUAGAAAAUAGCUUUGGGAUAGUUUCUACUUUCUUAGUGAAUCUUUAGCAGGCUGCUCCAGGAGCCAAGCUAAGCCCUAAGUCCGCCCCAGAUCUGCUUCAGAUGGAUGUUUGCUAUCCUCCGUUAUGUUGCUAUGAGUCGAUAAGGUUGCUGCUUGUCUUCUUAAAUUUGUUAGCUGUAGAAAGAUGCUGGGGGCUUACUUGACUCACAGACAUUGCUUCCAAAUAAGCUCAUUUUCUUACGGACUUUGGA